GCACAUCAUGAAAUUCCUGCUUGCUGCCCUUGUUCUCUGCGUGGCCGUUUCAUGGGCCAGCGCCAAAGCUGUGGACGCCCACGAGAGGAUAAUGCGCACCCUGAUGGAAGACGAAGAAUUCAAGAGAGGCUUCACCGACACAGUUUGCAGUGGCCUGGAAACCGUCAUCAACAGCUACGCCGCCGAUAUCCUCAGCGUCGGGUGCAGCGCUGGGCUCACUAAGGAGUUCCUCUGCGGGAAAGUGGCGUCCACCAUCGGCGGUUGGUUCACCCUCGCCACCGAGUCAGCUUGCAACGUCCUGAUGGGGCAGUCUUUCAUGCAGACAGCCAUCGCGGCCCUUAAGCAGACGUGUGCCUCGGGAGCUGGCGCCCUUAACAAUGUCGACAUUUGUUAA